AUGCAAAAGUGCAAGCUAACUCCGGAACAAGAAAAUGUUGGUAUUUCUCAUGAUAAGAAGGCUAUCCAGAACCAGGUUACAAAAGAUCAGAUACUUCUCCGGGAAAAGGUACAACAUCUUAGUGGUGAUGCUGGGAUUAAGCGAAUGGAAUCAGCUCUGUCAGACACUCGUUCUAGAUUCUUCGAGGCCAAGGAAAAUGGGGGCCAGAUAGACACCCCAGUUGCCCAUAUUUUAUCUCCAAGUCUUCCUGGUUCUUCUGCUGCCCUUCCUCUCCAAUCUGGCUCCGACGAAGUAGAAGUUAGUCAGGGUUCUCUUGGGGAUAGUGAGAAGCCAAGCCGUGUUGUUCGUUCCUUGUUUAAAGAUACGUCUUCUUCUCCAUCUGCUGAGGCUGUUCUGUCCACUACCACUAAAAGCAGAGAUAGUCGAUUGGAAUCUUCUUCAGAUGAAAAAUUGUCCAAGGAGAAUGAAAUUCUUGUCAAUGAGAUUGUCCAUGAGAACCGACACGCUUUUGCUGACAGUAUCGAUAUCAGCGACGGGGAUCAAAAUGGUGUCCAGUCCAAAGAUGAUCCCGACUAUGGCCGAAUAGUUGAACUAAUGAGGAAGGUGAGGGAUGACCUUUGCGAAAUGGCUCCUCAAAGUUGGAAGCAAGAGAUUUUGGAAGCUAUAGAUCUCGAUAUUCUCACUCAGGUGCUCAUGUGCGGAACUCGUGACAUGGACUAUCUAGGAAAGAUCCUGCAGUUUGCAUUGGUUACAUUGCAGAAGCUUUCAGCUGCAGCUACCGAGGAUGAGAUGAAGGAGACCCACAAAAAUUUAUUGAAAGAUCUCGGUGUAGCAUCAAGUGGUUCAUUUCUCGAAUCAAUGAUAAAGGGUCUUCGUUUUGUUCUUCAAGAGAUUCAGGCACUUAAGCGAGAAAUCAGCAAAGCACGUAUAAAGAUCAUGGAACCAAUUAUAAAGGGUCCCGGUGGUUUGGAGUAUCUGAAGAAGGCCUUUGGUGGGCGUCAUGGAUCUCCAUCCAAUGUCUCAACCUCUUUACCACUGACAGUUCGGUGGUUAUCAUCUGUAAGAGGUAGUGCAGAAGAGGAAUGGGAAGAACACAAGGAUUCCCUCGCUGCAUUCAUGGCAAGUCAACCAAGUACCUCUCAGGGGCUUCCUCCAUCGACUUCCCUUAAAACUUGCGGCAAUAUUCACACGUCAUCUAAUAAGUUCCAACCGACUUUCUAUCCUCAAGUUUCUACUACAGGUGGCCAACCCUGUAGUAGAAACUUGGGCGAAAAGAUUGACGUCUUGGUGAGACUUGGCUUAUUAAAGUUGGUCAGUAAGAUAGAAGGAAUAAACAAUGAAAACCUACCUGAAACCCUGAAGCUCAAUUUCCCAAGGCUAAGGUCUAUCCAAUCCCAACUCCAGAAGAUCAUUGUCAUUUCUACCAGCAUGUUGGUCUUAAGGCAGUCACUUCUCAGCAAGAGCUCUUAUAUCAACCCGUAA